GCAUUGUCACCAGAAACCAUCCUGAGUCCUUUGAUCGAAACCGAGACUCAUCAUGGGUCCUUCUCGGAUGCCUCGAAGUCCUCAACCUCAGACUCUGUAUCCCUUCUACCGACUGAAGAUGCUGAGACCCCGCAAAAUGCGCUUGAUGAGCAUGGUGGCGAGAAUGACAUUGCGCAGGUGGAUAACUUCGACACAUACAUCUCAACUGAAGCUUGCAUGAUUGCAAGUCCUAAUCUAUGGGAUGCUUUGAUGGAACCAAUGCCUCCUUCUCCCACGGAAAACAUUCCGGCCAGCUUUAGCGUGUUGCCACACAUAGAUCACGACUCCUCCGAGCUGCUCAGCUUCUAUCUCCAAAAGACAGCGAACAGCAUGGGGAAUGGUUCAACAGACGUGAACCCAUUCGUUGUACAGCUUGUACCCCUCGCCUUCCAGAACAACCUAGUACUGAGACUUAUUCUCGCCCAAAGUGCUGUCCAUCGACAAGUAUCUCAAGAUCGGCAGCCUAGUAACGAGCUGGCAGAGCGCCACUACACUGAUUCACUACGACUCUUCAGAGCUCUCGUCGGUGUUUACUUGUCAGGAAAACAUGAUGGUAUUUUACCAUUGGCUGUUGGUAGCCUUAUUUUAUCAUUGACAGAGGUUGCUAGCGGAGACAUUCAUGGAUCAACAUUUAAUCAUAUAAUUGCAGCCAAGAGCUUAUUGAAGAAGGUUCUGCCCCAGCGUUGCGCGGGAAUGUCUUUGGACCUGCAAAACUUUCUUGUAGAGUACUACAGUCACAUGUCUGCGCUUAGCAUUAUCGGCAUGGCUCCUCAAAUUCGACUCAACUCCCCCAUGGAACCAGAAAUUGAGGCUAUGGCCAACAGGAUGGUGGAGGGACAGUAUGUAGGCCAACUCUGUGGCUGCUGGCUCGAACUAUUACUGGUGAUUCCACAAAUCUUUGCUCUUGGAGAAAGCAUGAAGGCAUCUAGCCAAGAUUCAACCAGACCCCCAUCGCCGGACGAGAUCACACAAUUUGCGCUGCUGCAAGCCCGAGUUCUUGCAUUCCAACCCGUGCCCACAGUUCACCCAGAGACAGCUUUGGCUGGACUCGUGUUCAAGCAAGCUGUGCUGCUGUAUCUCUGGAGCAUCCUGGCUGGUCCCCACACAAUGUAUGAGGGCAACAAAAUGCAUCACAAUCUGAUGAAAGAGGCUGUCACAGAGGCUCUGGCCCUACUUGGUCGAUUUCCCGGAUCUGCAAGAGUCAACACCAGCCUUUGCUGGCCGCUGGCAAUCAUUGGAUGCUGUAUAUCUGAAGAGACCCAGCGAGAUAUUGUACGAAAAAGACUUCAAACGAUGCUUGGUACGAUGAGCCUUGGGAAUAUGAGAGAAACACUUGUUUUGUUGGAACAUGUGUGGACCCGGCCACUGGAGGAUAUUAGCCCCUGGAACUUAUCCAAGAUGAUGGAAGAGAAGCAGAUAUGGAUCUCAUUUGCGUGA